AUGCCUGCGUUUCAAUCCAAAACAUUCCGACGCGCCACGACCGCGUCCUCUACCUUCGGAGAACGGCUCGGGGCAUUCUACCGGGCGCGCCUUGCGCAGCACCCUUUCCUCCUAUUUGGUCUUCCGUUCAUGGCAGUCAUUGUAGCUGGAUCAUUUGCACUGACUCCGGCCGCUGCUCUUCGAUAUGAAAGAUAUGAUCGCAAGGUGCAGCAACUGAGCCAGGACGAAGCGUUUGAGCUAGGCCUGAAGGGUCCUGGCGGAGAGGAAGGAAUCAAACGAAACCCCCGUCGCAGGAUCAUUGGCGAUGAGAGGGAAGAGUACUACAGACUCAUGGCCAAGGAUCUGGAUAACUGGGAGCAAAAGCGGGUGCAGCGGUUCCAGGGCGAGCCGGACGGCAGGCUAUGA